AUGGAACAGGCCUCGAACGUUGGUAACACUCGAAAGCUCUACCGUCUGAUCCGCCAAGCUAGCGGUAAGCCCUCUACACCGAGUGACUCUGUUCGCGAUGUGAACGGCGGCUUUAUUGCUGACAACUCGGCCAAAGUCGAGCGCUGUCGUGAGCACUUUGAGCACCAUCUCAACUUCGAUACCCAACUUACCUCGCCCUUACUCUCCUCCUCAGCGGAGUUUCUUCCCUCUCCUACCUAUGCAGUGCCAUGCGAUCCCCCCUCCGAGGAAGAAGUCGCCGAUGCCAUACGAAAGUUGCACAACAAUAAGGCACCCGGAGAGGACGGUAUACCCGCCGAAAUCUUCAAGUCUUCUGUCCACACUCUGGCGCCCUGGCUCCAUGAGGUGAUUGAACAGGCAUGGAGAGACGAGGUUUUUCCUGAUGACUGGGGCUAAGGCAUCCUUGUACCUAUUCUCAAGAAGGUAGAUAAGACGAGAUGCGAGAACUACCGCGGCAUAAGUCUCAUCGACGUUGCUGCGAAGGUCUUCGCUAUUGUCCUACUCUGGCGAUUCCUGGCUGUGCCUGACUCAAGGACGAGGCCCAACCAAGCCGGAUUUCGUGCUGGACGUGGAUGCGCAGACCAGAUAUUCACACUGAGGCGCAUUCUCAAAUUUCGCCAUGGCUACCAACAACCGACGGCCGUCUGCUUCGUUGACUUUGCCGCCGCGUUCGAUUCCGUUCACCGUUAG